AUGUACAGGGGCUCCUGUACCUACGUCCGAUCGCCUGCCGGCAACACCGACCAGUUCAGUGUGGCUGUAGGGAUGCACCAAGGGUCGGCUCUAAGUCCUUACCUCUUCCUGCUAAUUAUAGACGCUCUAACGGAGGACAUACAGGAAGAGGCACCCUGGUGCAUGCUUUUUGCCGACGAUAUUGCACUGGUUAGUGAAGAUGGACCUGAGAUCCAGAGCAGAUUGGAAUAUUGGCAACAGAAACUGGAAAAUGUUGACUUGAAAAUCGGUAGAACGAAGACUGAAUACAUGUUCUGCGAUUUCGGCGGUCUCUCCGGUCCUGAAGCCAUAGCGCUUGAUGGCGUGGCCCUUCCAGUCUGCUCCGACUUCCGGUGUCUCGGUUCACUCAUUCAAGGCGAUGGCAAAAUAGAUCGAAGGGUGAAGCACAGGAUUAACACAGGGUGGAUGAAAUGGCGGCAGGUUACGGGAACAAUUUGUGACCCCAUAUUCCCCUUAAGCUUAAGGGGAAGAUCUAUAAGACCAUGGUCAGAACUGCUGUUCUAUAUGGAUGGAUCAGAGUGUUGGGCUAUAAAAGAGAUGACUGAAAGACAAUUGCAUAUGGAGGAGAUGAGAAUGUUGAGUGGAAUGUGUGGUAUUACGCGAAUGGAUAGAGUAAGGAAUGAGUACAUAAGAGGAAGUUUGAAAGUGGCACCGGUGGCAAACGAGCAGGAAGCUCACCUGAUGGAAAGUGACUGGUGGUGGCACAUGGACAGCUGCAACACCGGGGGGCUUGCAGAAAAUGCUAAAUCAAAUUUUAUGGACCCAAGAGCCGAAAAUAAAAUUAAACUAGAAAUGAAAUGUCCUCAGAGGGACGGUCGAAUACUCCAAUCACGUGUACAUUUUGGACAGGGCUUUAGACCCUUUAUAGAGGAAAUUGCAUUCUACACCGUGCCUCUUGAAAUAACCUUGAGCAGGAACGACCACUAA